AAGGAAGAUAGGUUUGGAUUAAUGAGGAUAUCAUGAACAGUGGUAUUUUCUUCUUUAAUGCAUUCACAUACUCAGAUGCUAUUUUCUUCACCGCUUUUAUGUUGUCAGCUAUUGAAGAAUAAAGAAGGAAAAUGGCCAUUGAACGAGGUCAAAAGAUUUCUUUCCAGGAAAAUCUGGAAGCUAUCAAGGAGCGAAUGAAAGAGAAACGGAAUCAGAAUCAGACUAAAGUUAACAGGGGUAAACAAACCUUGACCUCAAAAAUGAAAACCAAAGUACUGAGUAAGAGCUCUUUUAUAAAAAAUAUCCAAGCAAACAAUCACAACCUAGCUCUAUCCCUGGAAGCAGAAAAGAAGAAACUGAGGCAAGCAUGUGAUGUCAUACUAUCCUUGAAAAGAGAACGCCAAGUAAUGAUGUUCUACAUUCUCAUGCUUAAAAGGAAACUUGAAGAACAUUUCCCAGAGCAAUUUGAGCGUUUGAAACUCGUUUCUGAUUCUAUAGGUGAGGAUCUAAGCAACUUGGGUGAUGACUUACCACAGUGCAUACCAUCGUGUUCUUCACCUGUUGAACUCUUCAAUCAGGAUGCUGAGAUGCAAGCUUCCUUGGAAAACUCCAGAAUUCAUUCUCCUGAAAAUACUGAGAUCACUACAGCUGAAGCGAGUAGAACACUGUUAUCCAAUAUGGUGGAGUCCCAGCCUUCAUUAAAAAGCAUAUCCAGAGGGAGAAGUCAAGACUCAGCCCAUUUAGUUGCUCCACUGGAUGAUGCAUUGUUUGAGAGAAUGGAUACAGUGCCAGCUGGGGUUUCCAUUAGGCGACGAUCUGGAAGGAGAAGCUCAUCUUUCCAUGCUCAAAUUAGUGCCUUCAAUUUAUUCACCACUUUUGAAAACUGUACAGAGGUACCUUCCACAAGUGAAGAACACAAGUUUGAUACAAAUGUCAAACCUUUUGAAAAUGUGCCCAAUUCUCUCAAUUGUAGUCAAGGAACUGAAAUAGAAAGCACUGAACCAAAUCAGGUGCAAAUGUCGGACAACUGGGAUUCUGAGAAAGUUGAAACCAAAUUUGCAAGCAGUGUGAGGAACAUUGAAAUUGUUAAUUCAAAAAAUCCAGAGAGCAUUUCAGAAUUAGAACAGGAAGUGGAGCAAAGGGGAAGAAGAAGAAAGGUAAUGGAAAGAAAUAAAAGUACGUCUUUAAAUAAACACGUGAAACCAGUAAGAACUAGAGCCAGAUCAAAAAGUAGAGAUGGAAGUCAAAGCAACGGAAGUGCUGGCAAGGAGAGAAAAAUGAUUCUUGAUUGUAGUGAUACGUAUAAUUUUGAUUAUGAAGAAAGUAUUCAUCUUACACCUUUCCGUAGAAAACCUGAGCCAAGUUCAUGUGAGAAUAUAAACUCUACUAAAAGCAGUAUUGGUUCAGAGAGUAAUUCAGAUGAUGAUUUGGAUGAUAGUCUUUAUCUACCUCCUGCUGAUAAAAGACUUAAGAAAUCAUGGAGUGCGUGUAAAGCUAAAAGUGAAACACCAACAGCUGUAAUAACCAGGCCAAGCCAAAGAACAGUAAUUCUCCGAAAAGACUCAACACUCAAAAAAGAACCUGGAGUGGAAAUCACACAAAAUGAAAUAGCACAGUCUAACUUGUUGAAAACAUCAGAGUAUGAUAAAAUAAAUUUAUUGGAACAUUCUCAAACAGCUGCACAGCAUUUCCAGUUCCAAACUGAGUCAGAUAAUGAACCAGAAAGCCCUUCUAUCAAACAUAAAAACGUAGAGAAUUUUCAAAAUUCUGAAGAAAGCAGCACUGUUGAAUAUCUCAAACCAGUACUGAAGAAAUGUAUGCUCCUACAGCAAGAAGUAAAUGCAGGAAAGAAUGCAACAAUGAAGAAUAAAGACAAGUUUAAAACACCAAGAAAGAACUUUAAACCUCGCUUCAGUCUCUGUGAUGUCACCAAUUUUUCAAAACUACCUUCUGAAAGAAAGGAAAAGAAGAUGUCCUGUCCUGCUUUGUUAGAAAGAAUGAAUACAAUUUCGCCAAUAGUUCGUAAACGGAGAUGCACCAUGACUGUAAAUUACAAGGAACCCAGUCUCUCAGUGAAAUUACGAAGAGGAGACCGGUAUACUGACACACAAUUUUUGAAUUCACCAAUAUUCAAACAACGAAAGAACAAUGCGUGUAUCCGCAAAUCUGGGGAAAAGCCAUUUCCGCUGAGUAGAUAUAAUGAGGCAUUUGUUGGCUGCCGUUAAUUUUUUUUAAACUAAAUAUGAAUUGUAUUGGGAUCAUGAUAUUCUGAAGUUUAAUCAUUUAUUGUAUUUUUAAAAUUUCAAACCUAUUUCAUGGGAAGAGUUUUUACACAUGUAGUUAGAUGCUCAAGAAAAGCUUAAUAAAUAUGAUCUACAAGUUUAUUUAAUUGGUUAAUUAUUCCUGCACAAUGUCAGAUUUCUGUCCUCAAAAUACUAAUACUCGUCAAAUAACAUUGGAUUAUAUGAAAUGUCUACAUGAUUACAUCACCUUCUGAGGCUGCAUCUGUAGUAUUUAGAAUUGCUUGAACACAUUGUGAAUAAAUCAUCAUAUUUAAAAUUUUGUUUUGUCUUGUUACUUUUGUCUUUGUUUUCUUUCAUCAAAACUUUUCUAAAUUUUGAAUGGACUGUCAGCUAUAAUGUCAAACACAAAUUGACUCCUGCAUCUUGUUGGGAGGGUGGCAGUCACUCGAAGCCUGAAAUGGCCUUAAUUGUUUUUCCUGUUUUAAAGCAGGUGGCCUACUGUUGCAGUAGGGACCUUACCAAUGUGCCCUGAGGGCUCCAACAUAUGAGUCAAUAAAUUCUCAAUUGAAAGCCAGUAGUUUUGGUCAAUAUGGGGACUGAAAUAGCAUCUUAAUAGGUGUUUAUUACUAUUGAAGCUUAACUAGCAUGAGUCGGCUCCAUUUAAAUGGGGGUGGGAGUAAGCUUUGCAUGGUCAGGAAGGAGGGUUACAGCCCAAGUGAGGACAUAUUUCAGGGAAUUUGGAGGCAGUGUGGGAAGUUGGUGCAGAGGAGAAGAGGUGCUUUUUUGCUUUUUUUUGGGCUCAUUUACAAGAAUUUGUUCAAAAGAAUAAAUUGACGUCUAGGAUCAGGAGUCCAGCACAAAGAGUGCUCAGGUUCAGGAUAUUUCAUCUGGGUUGCAGAAGAACUUGGAGAGAGAGGGGAAAGAUCCAAUUGUUGUGAUCCACGUGGGUACCAGUAAUAUAGGUAGAGGUUCUACUGAGGGAAUAUGAGCAGCUAGGGGUUAAAAGCAGAAAUAAAAGUGCAAUAAUCUGUGAACCAUCACAUUAAACCAAGAGCAAAUUCGCAACAGGUUAAUAAGAUUAAAAGAGAUAAAUGUGUGGCUCAAAGAUUAUGGGACAUUGGCAUCAGUAUUGGGGAAAGAAGGAGCUGUUUCGAUAGGAUGGGUUCCACCUGAAUCAUGCUGGGACCAGAGACCUGCUGAAUCACAUAACUAGGGCUGUAGGAAGCUUUAAACAAAAUAGUAGGGGUGGAUUCAGUUGCAUGGAAAAGUUAAAGUGGGUUGGGGUGGGGUGAGGGCUCAGCAGAGGUUAUUGAAGUUUCCAGAACAAGGACAGUGUAUGGAAAAAGUCAGAAUUCAGUGUUAUGGAUUCACUCAUUCGAGUAUAUGAUAAGUAUUGUAUUAUGUCAAUUUGCUAACUAAAUGUAUUUGUUUUGGGGGGGUCAGAUGAGUGACUCAAGAAUAUUGCUAUGUGAAAACACGUAAUCUCUAAGAUCGGGAAGCUACCAUUUGCUAUAUAAGCAAACAGAAUGGAAUCUAAUACUGAGUUUUCUGUCACUGACAUUGAGAUAUGCCACAUUUCAAUAGAUAGAAAACGAAAUGCUGGAUGCUUACAUCAGAUUCUCCUGUUCCCUAGAUGCUGCCUGACCUGCUGCGCUUUUCCAGCAACACAUUUCCAUCUCUGAUCUCCAGCAUCUGCAGACCUCACUUUCUCCUCAGAUACCGUCUCCACUCAUGAGCAGAAUCUGAACUAUACAAGCACUUAAUCUGCUAAAGGACAAUCAAUGUGGUGAAUGCUUAUGUAAUAUGUUUUAGUAAGUUUUGAGAGUAAGAAAAUUGUGACUUCAGUUUGUCUGGAGCUCUUUUAUUGUUUCUCCUUGAAUCUGCUUAAAAAAAAAUGCAGAUUAACUCA